CUUUUUCCAUAUGAAAAUUUAGAUUCCCAAUUUUCCAUAUCAAUCUUCGAUUAUCCUCUUCCUGCUGAUUUUUGUUGUCCAACGCUUUUCACUUUCACUCUUCUUUCUUCUUCACCCUUCUAAUAUUUACUUGGAUUUUCUAGGUUUUACUUUACUUGAAUUUUUUGUUGCAUUUUUCGGGAUUGAAUUUGGUCUUGGAAUCGCUUGCUUUUACUUGAAUUCCAGUUUCUUUUGUGUUAUUGGACGGGGUUGAUUAAUUCCCCUUUCUUUUUGUUGAGCUAUUCUGUUCGGAAUUUGAAAUCCAGGGCUUUGAAUUGUCUGUUUCUCACACAUAAUUUUGCUGCUGACCUUUUCGAUCGUCCGUCGUGUUUGGUCAAUAAGUUUCUGGAAUUUUUUGGUUCCUUGUUAAAUUAGCGUGUUCUUGGCCUUCCUAUGUAAUUCUUGAAGAAAUGCCGGACUCCAAUUUCCAAGACGCGAUGUACGGUUCCGCCGUCGUGAACAACGGUGGCCGGGUUUUGGAUAGCAUUCAGAACCGAGUUGGCGAUGAAGGUGACGACAUUACUGUGGGGGAAGAGUCCAUGGACAAUCCUCAGAUGCGCUUCGAAGAUUCCGGGGGAAUGAACCGAGUCCAGGACAUUGUUCCUUCAUCGUAUGUUUCCGGCUCCGAUUACAACCCUUUGACUGGAAACGGUGGUGCUGACCAACUUACGCUGUCGUUCCGCGGAGAGGUUUACGCUUUUGACUCUGUAUCGCCGGACAAGGUGCAAGCCGUGCUUUUGCUUUUAGGUGGAUAUGAAAUUCCUUCUGGGAUUCCUGCUGUUGGAAGUGUUCCCGUCAACCAACAGGGUACCAAUGGCUUUCCUGUCAGGUCGGUUCAACCACAAAGAGCUGCUUCAUUGAGUAGGUUUAGAGAGAAGAGAAAAGAAAGGUGUUUUGAGAAGAAAAUUCGUUACACCGUGCGAAAAGAAGUUGCACUCAGAAUGCAGCGGAAGAAGGGCCAGUUUAUAUCCUCUAAAGCUAAUGCAGAUGAAGUGGGCUCAUCUUCACUUUUGUCUCAAACAUUGGAUCCUGGACAAGAUGAUGGCUUGUUGGAAACCUCAUGUACACAUUGUGGAACCAGUUCAAAAUCUACUCCGAUGAUGCGUCGUGGGCCUGCUGGCCCUAGGACUCUGUGCAAUGCAUGUGGGCUCAAGUGGGCCAAUAAGGGAAUUUUGAGGGAUCUUUCCAAGGUUUCGAACUCGGGCGUUCAAGAACUCUCCGUGAAGGAUACCGAACAGAGCGAUGGCGAAGCUAAUGAAUCCGACGCUGCAGUUAGCUAAUGUGGAUAUUCUCGCUUCUAAUGGCGAUAAUUAGGCCAUAAACCACAAAAAUUGAUCAACUAACUCUCUGAUAAGUUCGUGCUGUGGUUGAAGUUGGAUCAUUUGAGUAUUCCAACAAAUUAUAUGGAAAUUCAUGCUAUGCUCUGUGCAGUUUAGAGAGUAUAAGAAAUAAGCAAUGGUAGAAUGGGUUCCCCAUUUGUCACCAAUCAUGUAGCUGAAAAUAGAUGGGAUUCAGAAGGUGGGUUUCAAUGGCGGCCUUUUGGUCGAAGUAUCAAAGAACAAAAGCUCUGAUCAAAGGGCUGGUGAGGUGAGUUGCUGCCUCCACUUUAGGAUAUGAUCUUAUUCUUGUUCUACAAUGUUUGGUUAAGAUUUGUGCAAUCUUUUCCCCAUGUAAAUGGGCAGUUAAGUGCUUCAGAUCACAUUUUUUUUAGCUUAUUUAUGGCUUAGAAGUGAAGGUAAAUAAUUUGUAGUGUAAUUUCUGGCCUCUUUGUUACUUUGUAUUUAAGGGAAUUUUGUGUUGUGUUUUGAUUUUGUGAAAUUUUGAAAAUUAUAGUAUUAUGAUCGAGUGAUCAAGUUAUGGUAGAGAGUAAAGUUCUGUUGAGUA